UUUCUUUGACUUUGUUGAGCCAAAGCGUCACGACGAUAGGAGAUACUUGAAAGUGAUCGGGAGUUUUGCCAGUAGCUGUAACGCUAAACAAAGUGGAUUAAAGUCGAGAAGCGAUAAUAACACGUUUCCUGUUAUACGUAAUACUGUAUCAAGUUCACAUAUUCAAACAUAUUCAAAAUUCAGAGGCAUGGCGCUAAACAAGCUCAGCAUCGAUAAAGUGGAUAUUACGGAUAAACGCGUUCUUAUACGGGUAGAUUUCAAUGUACCUUUGAAGGAUGGUAAAAUCACCAAUAACCAGAGAAUCGUUGCUGCUUUGGAUACAAUCAAAUAUGCUCUUGAAAAGAAAGCAAAAUCUGUUGUUUUAAUGUCACACUUGGGACGUCCAGAUGGUAAACGAGAUAUGAAGUACUCUCUUAAACCUGUUGCGGAAGAACUAAAGUCCUUACUUGGAAAGGAGAUUCUAUUCUUGAACGACUGUGUUGGAUCUGAGAUUGAAACCGCAUGUGCCAAUCCAGUGCCUGGAACUAUUAUCUUACUUGAAAACUUAAGAUUUCACAUAGAGGAAGAAGGUAAAGGAAUAGGAGCAGAUGGAACUAAAGUAAAAGCGGAGAAGGAAAAGGUAGAGGAAUUUAGGAAAUCAUUGAGGAAGUUAGGAGACAUUUAUAUUAACGAUGCCUUUGGUACAGCCCAUCGAGCUCACAGCUCUAUGCUUGGUGAAGGAUAUGAAACAAGAGCAAGUGGUUUUCUUCUGAAAAAAGAAUUGGAAUAUUUUGCCAAAGCGCUGGAUAAUCCUGAAAGACCAUUUUUGGCUAUACUAGGUGGUGCCAAAGUUGCAGAUAAAAUACAAUUGAUUAAUAAUUUGUUGGAUAAAGUUAAUGAGAUGAUCAUAGCUGGUGGAAUGGCUUACACCUUUCUAAAGAUAUCGAAAAACAUGAAGAUUGGUAAUUCAUUAUUUGACGAAGAGGGUGCGAAAAUCGUUAAUGAAUUAUUAUCUAAAGCUGAGAGAAACAAAGUUCAAAUACAUCUGCCCGUUGAUUUCGUUAUCGCGGACAAAUUCGCAGAAAAUGCAGCUGUUGGUGCUGCGGAUGUAGAAAAUGGUAUACCUGACGGUUGGAUGGGACUUGACAACGGACCAAGAUCAAGCACCUUAUUUAGUGAACCUAUUAAAAGAGCAAAAACAAUCGUAUGGAAUGGCCCGGCAGGUGUCUUUGAAUUUGAAAAUUUUAGUAAAGGUACAAAGAGCUUAAUGGACAAUGUUGUAGAGACAACGUCACGAGGUACUAUUACCAUAAUCGGUGGUGGUGAUACAGCCACUUGCGCUGCUAAAUGGAAAACAGAAGAUAAAGUAAGCCAUGUAAGCACUGGUGGUGGCGCAAGUUUAGAACUUCUUGAAGGAAAGAUUUUACCGGGAGUUGCGGCCCUUUCUCCGUUAUAAUUUCUGCUCGAUGUCAUUUACAUCUUUAGAUUUUGGUUAGCAUCUUUAUUUAAAAGAUGUUAAUUUUCUUUAAUUACCAAACUAGCAUCAUAGUAUAAUGAAAUAAAAUAAAAUAAGAUAUUUA